AUGGGAGAUGAAGCUAAAACUCCAGCAAAAGCUUCAAUCAGAAGUUAUGUUGAAAACUUCAUCGAAAAACGUGAUAAUGAAUUACGCACAGCAAAUAAUGACCAGAGUGAUAUUCAACCACCACAAUCAGUAGAUCGAGAUUCAAUUGUUAUUGAAACUAAUGCAGAGAAUUUUCCUCGUAAAAAUCUAGAUAAUCAUGCAUCAGAAGCGACUGACAUUGAUGCUGAUGAACUUAACCUUGAAUCAGAUCCAAUUGUUGAAACACGCGAAGGUGAUGAACAAGUCUAUAAACAACAAGUUUAUUUACGUCAAUAUCAACCACCGACGCCAGAACCAAUUGAUAUUCAAGUUCACGAAGUCAUUGUCAAACCGCCCGUACAACGUGCACCCAUUCAUGUACAUGUUGCACCAAGUCAAAAUAGCCGUGCACAACGUACACCAUCACCUAUUCUAAUUAGAAGUGCUCCACCACAAGCACCACUAGUAGCACCUGAACCACUUGUUUUUCAUAAAUAUGUCCCAGUUGAUUAUCAAACUCUACAUCAACAGAUUGUUAUUCAUCGUCAUCCUGAAAUGCCACCGAAACCUCGACCCAUUGUCGUUGAACAAUGGCUUCCAAAUAAACCUGCGCCAAAGCGAGUCACCUAUCGUCAUGCUGAUCAUGACGCCUAUGCUAAAGAACAAUUUGAACGAACACAUAAUCGUUUUAUUGAAUACAAAAAACCGCAUACAACAAUUGAAGUCGAAAUUGUUCGUUUACCAAUAGUGACAUUAAAUCCAAGCGAAUAUGUAGAUCAAUCAGAUGAGCUUGCGCAACUUGAUAAAGUUCGUUCAUUAACACGUGAUCCCAAUAUACUUCAAUGGCGAAUAUAA